AUGUUUCCUUCCAUUGUUAUCCUCUUCCUAGCAUCGAACGUCCACGCAUUCAACACCAUCCACACCAACUGCACGCUUCCACCCCCGGGCACCAAUUUCGCCACAGCCCCUAACACCCGCGGCACAUUGCAAAUCCUCUGGUCUUCCCUUUUUACCAUCAUCGCCUGCACCUGGACGGUUCUUCAUCUCAAUGUCCCAAAAUAUGCGCGAGAACCGGAAAAGAAACACUUCAAGAAGUGGCUGAACUGGGCGUUGGAGAACUAUCGGCAUCCAAUCAAAUGGUUCCUUCUUACUGUCAUUGCCCCGGAAAUUUCUUUCACCAAGUACUGGGAUGAUCAGUUCCGGGGACGUUGCCUGUUUUAUCAUUAUGAAGAUGAAUUCAAGGAGAUUGGGUGGACGAAGACUCACCUUUUAUUUGCUAAUAUGGGAGGGUUUGCGCUGCGCCUGCAUCCCCCCACUGUUGAGGCAGGUGGUUCGGAUGCGAAUAGAGGCUCGGAGGUUCCAAGCGACAGCCAACUUGUGGAUGACUUGACGACAGUCAUGCCUGCAGAGAAUGACAUCGCCCCUCAGGAACGCUCAGGCAGAUGGAAACGAUUCACCUCGAUGCUCUGCUGUGCGAAAAGGAAACCAGAAAAAGAACAGGCCAUCGCCAAUGACCAGGCUGUCAUCGAGGAUCCUACAAAAAAGUUCGAAAACGCCUUCUUUCUCACAGGAAUCGAGGUUGUGAAACUUCUUCUCAGUACGAAGGAUAUUAAAAGUCAGUCUGUACCAGAACUACGCAAUAUAUCAGUGCAGGAGAUCAACGACCGGUCCAAAACGGACAUUCUCAUGCGAUAUCUCGCCGUGGGUCAGAUUGUCUGGGUGGUUGUCCAAAUCCUUUCGCGAUGGGUAUAUGGACUGGCUGUAAGUCAAUUGGAGGUCACCGUGGUCGCCUUCGCGUUCUGUGCAGUGGGGAUGUAUAUCGUGAACAGAGGGAAGCCUACAGGAGUCACUCUUCCAAUUCUCUUUGAGUACCCGGGGGCCAGAGAGGACCUGGAGGAAGAGCUCAAGAACACAGAUUUGCCAACACCAAGAAAAGGACACAAGAAGUGGCCAUUUGUCAAAUGCAGGCAUUGUAUUACGGGCAAAACCAGCACAAGCAGCAAGAGGGGCACCGCCAAUAACAACACUGGCCCCAACACCGACACCACCAGGAGACGGGAGGAUGAAGACGAUACCCGAGAUGACUUCACCGACAUGUCCAUGUUCAUCGGCAGCAUGGUCUUUGGAGGCAUUCAUCUGGCAGCCUGGGACUUUCAAUUCCCAACCCCGGUGGAGAAAUAUCUCUGGUGGGCGGCGGCUUUGUGGUGUACCGUUUGUGUACUGGCGUGGACAUUGAUUUAUUGUGUACUGAUCGGGUUCCUUUUGGCCUUCAUGAAAAUGGGUACAUCCAUGGUCGAUAUAGACGACACGCACCACCCACUCACACCCAAGACCGAGUUCAAUGUCGAAACCAGUCCCAGCUCCACAGACAGAAACCCUAAUCAGGGGCCGGAGAUGCUGGAGCCUUCACCCGAAAAUCCACCCAGAGAUGAGGAAUCGCAACAUUCACGACCAAAACACGACAUGUCCUUCAGUAAAAAGAUAAUUAAAAUAGGCGUUGGGUCAUUAUGUGCCGUUCUUCUCUUUCUCAUGGUUUUACUUGGGAUUCUGCUGUUAGCGUUCAUGAUUGCUUAUGUUGUGGCGAGACUGUUCAUCGUUGUGGAGAUGUUUAGGACGUUGGCGUUUCUUCCACAAGGGGCUUAUGUUGCUACUUGGGCAUCGGAUAUUCCUAAUGUUGGUUGAGAGAGAUUUGUCGGUCUGUCUCUACUUGUUUCCCUUGAUGAUGUGGU